AUGAGCUACGAGGAAACACUAAAAGAAUUGAAUCUAACGACCCAGGAGGACAGGACUAUGGGAGAUAUGAUAACGACAUACAAAAUAUUCAAGGAAACUGAUAGAGCAGACAGAGACAGGCCGUUUGAAAGCAAUAGCACCAACAGCAGCACCAGCAGUAGCACCCACUGCAGAAGCACUAACACCAGCACUAAGAGGACCAUCUGUGCAUUAGCAACAGCACCAACAUUAGCACUAGCACCAGCAGCAGCUGUAGCAGCUGCACCUGGAGCAUCAUCAUCAGCAGCAGCAGCAACAGCAGCAGUGGUGGUGGGGGUCCCCAACACGUCAGUGAGGCAGACGCGGGGUUGUGGUGGUAGAGGCAACACCUCCCACACUCUCUCUACGGCACCUUCCUCACCUGCUGCACCGCCCACCAGUGUACCGCCCCACUGUUACAACACCCAACGAGUGUGCUGCACUGCAUCACCACCACUACCACUGCAUCACCACUACCACUGCAUCACCACUACCACUGCAUCACCACUACCACUGCAUCACCACUACCACUGCAUCACCACUACCACUGCAUCACCACUACCACUGCAUCACCACUACCACUGCAUCACCACUACCACUGCAUCACCACUACAACUGCAUCACCACUACAACUGCAUCACCACUACCACUGCAUCACCACUACCACUGCAUCACCACUACCACUGCAUCACCACUACCACUGCAUCACCACUACCGCUGCAUCGCCACUACCGCUGCAUCGCCACUACCGCUGCAUCGCCACUACCGCUGCAUCGCCACUACCGCUGCAUCGCCACUACCGCUGCAUCACCACUACCGCUGCAUCACCACUACCACCGCAUCAUCACUACCACUGCAUCACCACAACCACUACAUCACCACUACCACUGCAUCACCACUACCGCUGCAUCACCACUACCACUGCAUCACCACUACCACUGCAUCAUCACUACCACUGCAUCACAACCACUGCAUCACCACUAUCGCUGCAUCAUCACUACCACUGCAUCACCACAACCACUGCAUCACCACUACCACUGCAUCAUCACUACCACUGCAUCACCACCACUGCAUCACCACCACUGCAUCACCACCACUACCACUGCGUCAUUAUCACUUCCUGAACCACCGACUGCUUCCCUGACCAAAGAUAACAAGCAUAAGGAAGAGAGUAGAGAUAAGGAACACGCUUGAUGUGACUCACAGACUGUCUGUGUGAGGUUCAUUCAUGAAUGUGGUGUAGUAGACUGGUGUGUGUACACAGCUGACUGGUAUCAACACAACACCACGUGUACCAGCCUCUCUACAUAUUCUGUUAGUCAAGUUACAGAACUGUGUUCUCCUGUAGCUACCAAGGCUGUGUUUUCUUGACUCUGUGUCAGGACUGUGGUUUUAUAAAGAUGUGUCCGGAAGGUGUUUUAUAAAGAUGUGUCCGGAAGGUGUUUUAUAAAGCUGUGUCAUGAGUGUUUUACCGAAGCUGUGUCGGAAACAAGUUUUCCUGAAAGUGGUGUCUGUGUAACACUCAAGUUGUGUCAGAAUUGUCUGUGUAACAGAAAAUCAUGAAUCAGAGAAAACAUUGAAAUUGUCACUUGAAGGAAAUUGUGUCGGACUGCUUAUUGAGCUAUGUGCUUGCUUAUAUUUCAGUGGCUCA